AUGGGCGAGUUUAUCAUUAAUUUCGAUCUGAAGUAUGAAUCAGAUGAGGAGGAGAGGGAGGAAAGGGCAAACAUGGAGGUUACGCCGAACAUCGCAACAAGAGCUGUCAAAUUAACCCUGCAAGAAUUGGACUCAAUAGAAAAGAGCCGACACGAAGGGAAUACCGUUAAACAAACUUCGUGGGCAGUGAAGUGCUUUACGAGUUGGCUGCAAGAGCGCAACUACCUGUACACCAACUGGGUUUCUAGCAUUCUGGAGACCCUCAACUCUUCCUCACUUCUUCUUGGUUCCUGCCCCCAUUCUUCUGGCAAUUCGUCUGGCAAGGCCAAGCACACCAGCGUGGUCUUCCUGAAGACCCACAAGACGGGCAGCAGCACGGUUCAGAACAUCCUCUUCCGCUUCGCCGAGCGCCACAACCUCACUGUAGCCAUGCCUGUGUCCAAGUGCCAUCAUAUGUUUUGCUACCCAUUCCCCUUCAGGGCCCAAUUUGUGCACAAGAACACUGUACCACCUGAUGUGCUCACCAACCAUGCCCGGCUCGACGUGGCCGAGAUGCGACGGCUGAUGCCCAAAGACACACGGUUCUUCACCAUCCUCCGUGAGCCUGUGGCCAUGUUCGAGUCUGCCUUCAGUUACUUCAGGUCAGAGUGCAAGAGCUUCCAGCGUGUGCCCAACGGCUCCAUUGAGGAAUUCCUCCGACAGCCUCAGUUGUACUACCGGAGCAAGGAAUUAGACUCCAUGUACGCCCGCAACAUUGCGACCUUUGACCUGGGAGGAGACAAGGACCGUCCGCUGGGUGACAUGCAUUACUUCUGGAGGUUCACAAGACACCUGGAGGAUGUUUUCUCGCUCGUGAUGAUCAUGGAGCACUUUGAUGAGUCGCUGGUACUUCUCCGUCGCCUGCUCAACUGGGACCCCGAAGACUUGGUGUACCUGAAGCAGAACAUGCGGGCAGACGAGUCCCGCAAGCGGCUGCAAGGGACGCUGCCGGCCAAGAUCCGUACCUGGAACUGGCUGGACGCAGCACUCUACGACUACUUCAAUGCCUCACUGUGGCGUCAGCUUGAGCAGCUGGGUCCUGCCUGCCUGGAGCAUGAGCUGAGACUGCUGCACGAGGCCGAAGACCGCGUGAUGCUCACAUGCUUUGGCACGGCCAAGCCACAGAUGAAGGCAGCAGGACAGAUACGUAACAAGGAGCUGAAGCCUUGGCAGCCCAAAGGCAAACUGUCCAUUGUUGGUUAUGAACUGCCUUCCAAAAACCAGACAUUGCAGAGGGCAAAGAAGGGGAUAAAAGAUUUCUGCAUAAAAAUGAUUAUGCCAGAGCUGCAGUACUCAGAGCUGUUGUUUCGGACCCAGCCUCUCCCAAAAAGAAAAGGGCGGCACAGAGUUUAG